GUCGCAUCCAUUUCAGGAUCAUUGCGCCGCUGCAGCCUCAGCAUCUGCCGAGAUGGGACAGGCGACGUUCCCAACGAUGCGGUGGCCCGUGGAGCCCCUGAAAUUGUCGAAAUUGGACUCAGGAGGCUCAUCAUAAAAGCGAGAAGCGCCUGCGACUUGCUGCUUGUUUGUUGAAACCUCCCCCUUCGACUCAAUUCUGUCCAGCUUCUCGCAACCCAUCCCACUGCGUCACUCUUUACCACCAAACACCAACUAACCAUUGCCAAACCCCGGGCAUAACCCACCACCAUCUUCACAACCACCACAACCAACCCAAACCACAAGCACCACCACCACUACCAUCACAAUGUCCGCCGAAGGCCCCAAGCUCGAAAGCCCCGCUGUCCAACCUCAGGCCGAGCAACAAGAACAACAACAACAACCACCUCAGGACCAAAAGCCCGCCGCCUCCGAGGCAGACCAAUCCAUCACCAACGAAAAGACCAAGACCGCCGAAGAACCCGCCCCCGCCCCGGAGAAGAAGCCUAACUUGCUGAAGAAGGCCUUCUCCGUUUUCAAGACCCUCUUCAAAUGCCUCCGCAAGCCAACCGCGCGCCAGGUCGAGGAGCAGGCAAAGGAGCGGGCUACCGAGGAGGGGAACUCGAAGAUUGCUGCUGAGGAGCCGCCGGCGGCUGUUGCUGCUGUUCCAGCGGCAGAAGAAGGGGAGAAGAAGGUCCAGGUGGAUGCAGCUGCUGCGCCAAAGGAUGGGGAGGCGGUGAAGGCUCUUUGAUUGAGAGCUGGCUCCGAUCUGUGGCGGAGAGGAGGGGGUUGAGGGUGAGUGUGGGUCUGUUGGUGUAGGUGGUGUAAAUGUUGCUGAUAUUCUUUAGUGUUUAGAUUUGGGUGAUGAUUGUUCGGGCGGAUUACAUCUUUUAAUCUCUCUUGUGGUUUCCAAGUACCACUCAUCAAUAUACCCAAACAAAUUUCCCUUUUU